AUGACACCGCCGGCAUCAGGCGCGGCCUCGCGCCAGCACCAGCAGGAACCGAGCGGCAAACAACCCCUAAGCUGCGCAAACUGCCGCCACCGCAAGAUCAAGUGCGACAAGGUCCAGCCCCGGUGCACGCAGUGCGAGCGCUCCGACCUGGACUGCGUCUUCCCCUCGCGCAAGCGCAACCGGAAGCCGCGCCAGGGCCGCCAGAGCGAGCUGCUCAACCGCAUCACCCGCCUCGAGAGCAUCGUCUCCAAGGUCGACUCGGGCAACCUCGACGCCGCCGCCAAGGAUGCCGCCGUGGCGGCGGUCGCGGCCGCGGCGCAGGUGCAAGCCGGCCGCGGGCGGAGCAGCAGUUCAGCGGGAGCCGGGGCCGGAGGCGGUGAGUCGGAUGAGCCGUCGCCUGCCGCCCCGGGGUGGGACCAUCCCGCGCCGCCGGCGAACCUGAUGAGCGCCGAGUUCUGGGACAACCUGUGCCAGGAGGUCGAGGGCAUGAGGCAGGCGCUGGAUCAGCCCUCCGACGGGGACGAGUCGUCUGAGGACGAGGCGCCGAUGACGACCCCGGAGAGCUCUGCGAACAAGGGUCUGACGCCGCCGGCGUCGUCGGGGUUGAUUCUGAGCAGCACCGUAGCGUCCCCCGGCGGAGAGGAGAUGAAGCACCCGCCGCGCGAGCAGAUUCUGUACAUGUGCAGGAUCUUCUUUGAGAACGUGGACCCGGCGUUCAAAGUGCUGCACCGGCCGACGACGUGUGCCGAGAUGGAGGCGUUUGCUAACGCACCAAACAAACGGAUCGACGACGCCACGGAGGCGUUGUUCUUUUCCUUGUACUUUGGGGCCAUUACGAGUUUGUCAAAUCAGGCAUGCGUGAAGAACCUGGGCGAGGAGAGGAGCGUCCUUGCCCAACGGUACAGGGAGGGCGUGGAGAGGGCGCUAAUCAAGGCGGACUAUCUCAACAGCACCGAGAUCAAGACCCUCCAAGCCCUCACAAAUUACGUCUGCUUCCUCCGCACCCAUAACGCAAGCAGGGCAUCAUGGGCCCUGAUCCCCCUCGUAGUCCGCCUCGCGCAAGCCCUCCACCUCCACCGGGACGGCGUCUCCCCUCCCAUCCCGCCGUUCGAGGCCGAGAUGCGCCGCCGGCUGUGGUGGAUGAUUGUCGUGCUCGACAUCCGCGCCGCCGAGGACCGCGGCACGGACGCCGCCAUCCCGCGGCAGUCGUACAACACGCGGCUCCCGUACAACCUCAACGACGACGACUUCGGGCCGUCCACGACGACGCCGCUCGAGGACCGGACGGGUCCGACGGAGAUGACGUUCUGCCUCUGCACGUCCAUGAGCUCAGGCAUCUUCGGCAACCUCCGGCCGCGGCACCCGCAGCUCGCGCUCGACAACGACGGGACGCCCGAGCCGACGACCUCGGAGGACGAGAUCAUGGCGCAUGCGCAGCGGUUGGAGGCGCUCUUCGGGACGGCGCCGCAGAAGCCGUCGUCUGCGGAAGACGGGAGCGGCGGCGAGAAGGACGCGACGCACCUGCCGGCGAACCACGCGGCGGUGACGGUGCGCAUCAUCAUCCUCAAGAUGUGGCUGUCGGCGCAGUACCCGUUUACGCCGCGGGCGGCGGUGGCGGCGGCGAAACCGCGCGUGGCGCGGGAGACGAUGCUGCGGACGGCGGUGAACACGAUCGAGCUGGUCGAGUUCAGCACGAGCACGUACCGCGAGCGGUUCGGGUGGUGGAUUGAUAGUUAUGUGCAGUGGCACCCGCUAGCGGUCGCGCUGGCGGAGCUGUGCGUGCAGACACGGGGGGAGCUGGUGGAGCGGGCGUGGAAGGUGGUUGAUAGGAACUUCUCGGAGAUGGGGGCUCGGAUCGCGGACACGAGGCGGGGGACGCUGUGGAAGCCGCUGAAGAAGUUGUUGAGGAAAGCGCGGGCGGCGAGGGCGGAGGCUCUGAUGGGUGAUUUGAAGAUUGGUGGGAGUGGUGGAGGUGGUGCGCGGGCUGCUUCGACGACGAGGACGACUACUCCGGCUGCUGCGCACACGGGGGCUAAGCAAGAUGAAGAGGAGGACGAAGACGACGACGGCGACGGCGAUGUUGAUGUCGAUGACGAAGAAGAAGAUGGGGAUGGCGAUGUCGACGUUGACGUUGGGGUUGGGGCUGAACCACGUCAACAAAUGCCGCCGCCACCGAUGCCACCGCCAGGCGCAGUGCCUCCGGUCCUGGCACCCAUUGGUGUUGGUGUUGGUCUUGGUCUUGGAGCCGGCAUUCCUCUUGCGCCGAUGAUAGUCGACCCAUCGCCCAACCCAGCCGUGCCGCCACCGCCGCCGCCGGAGGACAUGGCCAUGUUCGGCAACACGCCGCUCUGGGGCCAUCCGCAGGAUCUGAUCAACCAUUUCGGACUGCAGAUGGACGCUGGAGACUUUUCGUGGGAUUGGAGUACAUGGAGCGAGUUCGUGGACGAGGCGAAUACGGAAAGGUCGCCUGGGGAUUGA